UUUAUUAGAUUAGCUAGUUUUAUUAUGAAUUUUCACUUUCUUGAGUUUCGAUUUUCUAGAACUUGAACAAGUCAUCAGGUCACGUGAGGAGGCGUGGAUUAGCUGAGCUGAACAAAUUCCUCUUCGGCAAAAACUUAGAUACACAGCGUUUCUCGACAAGUAAACGAAGCAAGCAACAUAUUCAUUAUGACAGCUAUUAGCAGCAACUCGAGUAACAUGACAAGUGGCGAGGAAUUGGCUGCUAGAGUGCUCCUUCUCACAUCUUGUUCUCUGUCGUUGAUCGGAACGACGACUAUCAUCACAACUUACGUUAUUUGGCCAAAGAUUCGCUCUGUGGCUCGCCAACUGCUCGUGUUUCUUUCCGUCGCUGACUUUCUGGUUGCGGCGGGUAAUGCAGCGGGGACUAUCGGUAACGGUGAUCAUGACGCCGGCUUGUUCUGCAAACUACAGAGUACUGUAACGACUUUUGCAAAUCUAUGCUCCUUUUUUUGGACUGUCGUCAUUGCUUCAUACAUCUUCAUUUCAAUAGUAUUGCACAGAUCCGAUGUUGCCAGAAAUCUUGUUCCUGUGUAUCACAUGAUUUGUUGGAUAAUACCCGCUGCCAUUGUUGCGGCUGCCUUCAUUGCAGAUGUACUGGGCAUGCCUGAUACCAACAAGUACACGUACGGAUGGUGUUGGAUUAGGAGCGAUCUCAAUGUUCACAAAAUGAGGAUGUGGAUGCUGGUGACUGGAAAAGGAUGGGAAGUCGGUGCAUAUAUUGUCACUCUUGUCCUUUACAUGAUCAUCAAAUGCUAUUUAUGGAUCAAUAAACAUACUACCCAUGCCCAUUUCCAAACUGCCCCUGAAGCUGCCACUGUUCAACGAAUUAACCGAAAGAUGACACUUGUACCAAUUAUAUUCAUUUGCCUACGCAUCUGGGGCACAAUCCGCUUCUUUCUUAGUCAAGCAAAUCACCUAAAUGCAGCAACGCAGCCAGCACUCAUCAUACUACAGGGCAUAGGUGACAGUGGUCAAGGAUGGGCCAACUGUAUCCUGUUCUGUCUUCUAAAUUAUCGUGUUCGUGAACGAUUGAAGAAGGCUUGUUUCAAUUGUCUUUGCUGCCAAUGUGUCUGUGACGACAACGAAGAAGAGCGACAGCAACUGGACCCCCAGAGAGUCAACAGCUUGAGAAGCGUCUACUCAAGGGUUGAUGAUCUCUCAACAGAAUCUUCAGUGAACGAAACACAAGCAUACGCACACAGUGAUGCAUGAUGCAUGAACAGGGUAUACGACAAUGUUUCAUCUACAAUUUGGUUACACGGUGUCAGCACACGGCACAUUUCGUUAUCUCCAAUAUAUAGAUCCAAUACAUAGAAUACAUGUAUUGACUACAGUGAGCUACAA